UCAACCGAGGGGGAUGACACUCCCGAGAUGAGCUCGCGAUUUAGCCUCGAUGACCACGAUUUCCCUCGAUUAGACGCGAUUAGCGCGAUUUGGUGCGAUGAGCGCGAUUUCAUUGCGAUGUGAGCGCGAUUUGAAAAAAUCUCACGAUUUGAGCUGUCAAACUGCUCGAAAGAGCUAGGCAACAAUAAAAUGACAUUUCACGCUGACAUUUGAUUCGAGCAGUGAAAAAAGCAAAACAAAAACAUGAAACACGUGGGAAAAUUCAGGAGGAGGAAGGAUUUUGUACCUACCGAAGAAGCGGAUUUGAAUACUCCCGAUCACCGUGCGGAGGUCUUCCGUUUGUUUUGUUGUGGUACGAUCCGUGCAUCCGCGCAAUCGCUCGAGCUAGUUGCUGGAAUCGGUGGUUCUGAAUCCUCGCCGGGGUCCACGACCGCAACCAGUACGGCCACGAGAAGUGCCGCGAGCAGCGGAGGUGGAGACUGGUAGAAACAACAGAAGUGGUACAAUGCGGUUGGAGGAAUUAGCAGCAGCAACAGGUUCAUGCACAAGAACCAACUCAAUCAGCUAGUCCUGAACACGCUUUGCCACCAGAAGGUCUUGCAACGGUUUAUAGUGGACCAGUCCAAAUUAUCGCCGGAUACGCCAUCAAUAGUAAAUAUAGUAGUAAAGGACUGCCCAACCGUGAGGAAUCACGCAUUUUCAGAUGCCGAACCGGUCGAUCUGUCGUGAAUCUUCUGCGAGGUCACGUGAGACUUCUGGUCGGACUUACUGCCCACGCCUGAGUUUGCCCAGGUUUACCAGCCCGUUUCCAACAUCAUUCAGCACAAGGCUGGCGGCAGUUUAUCCUCGUCGUGGUCGCUUGUCCAAACAACCAACAAGAGUUGCUGGAGCGCACGACAUAGAGAACGACUCGGACGAGCAUCUGCAGAUGUUCAACAUUGAUAACUCGCAGAAUGAAACCAUAUCGGAGUGCGUCGGCGGAAUCUACCCCACGCUGGACGAAUCGCUUGACACGUUCAACUCGAAGGACGGUUCGGUGCUGGCGAUGGACGACUCACGGGAAACGGCCUACAACUACAAGUGGGGAAAGUGCAUUGACGAGGAAAUGGCGGCCAAUCUCAGCUGCCUGAACAUUGAUGCGUGGGCAAACCUAAUCGACAUGAACUCGUCCUGCAAGACGCGUUGGGCUGGCAACAAGAACCAGCUGGUGACGUCGCGGUUGGUAACCUGAACCUGACCGACGCCAAGCAGUAUGGCAUCCGGCAGGCAACGGCUACUGCAACUACAGCCAGACAGGCUGGCAUGCUAAUGACAUUUGACUAAUAGAUGUGAGAUUGAUAAAGAAAUCCGCAGGAUUCCGGGAAAAAAGUCAGCUCGACCUAAAAAAUUACUAAAAAGUUAACGAUUUUGCUUUUAAUAUUGUAUAACAUUCGAAUAAAACAGUUCGUUAAUAUUCCA